UCUGUCUGUCCCUUCCCUCCGUGUUCUCUUCCUCUCCUCUCCUCCCCUCUGUCACCCUCCAGGUCUCCCUCCAGGUCUCUUCCCUUCCUCGUAUCGCCUCCCCGCUGUGAUUUCCUCCCUCCCCUCCUCAACCCUCUCUUUUUUUUUUACUUGUUUUGUUUUGUUUUGUUUUGGGUAUCCUUGUGGGGUUUGGGUGUUUAUUAGUAGCACUGGUCUAUCAUACCCUAUGAGCUCUUUUUUCUUUCCUUGCACGCGUCGUGUAUGCGUCUUCUUACGUGUUCAGCCACUCCAUGUCUGUUUCAAGGGUACCUGGUUAAAGCCCUGUAGUAUCAGCUUUUGAUUGUGAGAUUGCGGACUUGUAAUGUGUUUCGGCGUCUGAGUUAUACGUGUUUUCCGCUUCAAACGUUUCUAUCCAGGGAUCUAAGCCGUCUAGCUUCUUCGUGCACAUCUUUUGCGGAGUUACGCAACGUUGUCUUCUUCGACGUAUCAAAACCAGCUAUAUUCCGCUCUUAUAAAAUACGAUCCCUUUUACCUUGCUGCUCUUUCGACUUCCCAGAACCCUAAUUUGGAGGAUUGUCAGCCAUCACGACAAAACAAUGUUGGAGCAAUUUCUCAUUUUUACUCGGGGCGGUUUGGUGCUGUGGUCUUGCCUGGAAGUCGGGAAGGCUCUGAAAGGUUCACCAGUUGAUGCCCUCAUCAAGACAUGUCUUUUGGAAGAAAGAGCGGGUGACUCUUCAUUUCAAUAUGACGCGGCGGGGGCCGGAUAUACGUUAAAAUGGCGAUUCCACAAUGAACUUGGUUUGGUCUUCGUGGCUGUGUACCAAAGAAUGUUACAUCUUCUAUACGUGGAUGAGCUUCUGGAAAAAGUCAUGCGAGAGUUUUCUAUAUUGUUUGUUCCAACUCGCACAGUUUAUCAUGAUUUCGAUGACACUUAUCGGCAGCUAUUGAAAGCAGCUGAAGCAAAUUCUCACUUCAAGCGUGUUGGGCAACACCGGCACAUAGAUAAUCCAAGGAAAGGUUCUGAGUCGCAAGCACGAAAUGCGCAGACUGGGAGGAAAAGUGAUAAGUCAGCUGGGAAGAGUUCAGGGUCAAAUGACGAUGGGGCCGACGAAGACGGUGAAGCGGAUGGUAGCAAGUUUGGCCCUGUGGGUUACAGCAAUGGUACAGGCAAUGGGCAUGCCAAUGGGAACAAAGCCAACGGACUUGGUAGUACAAAGAGUGGUAGGAGCAGUGCAAGUGGAAGCAGUAGUGAUGAGGAUAGUGUCGCGCACAAGACAUCUAGCGAGAAUGCGUUUGACGUAAGUAAGUUAGCUAAGCUUAGGAACAACAAGUCAAAGAAAGCCACAUCUGGCAUGGAAGGUCCGAAGGGUACUUCUAAGGAUGAUGCCGUGUCUAAGAAGCCGCAGAAGAAGAAUAGGGUUUGGGGUGAUGCUCCCCCUCCGUCGAAGCUAGAUUUUACGGAUCCCGUAUCUGUUGAUCAGGGCGAUGAUGGCGUUGAUAUUGCUGUUGUGGAGAAAGGAUUGAGUUUGAUGGACAAAGACGAUGACGACGAGAGUUUUCGAGUUGAAGACAUGAUGGUGGAGGUUGAGAAAGAGAACGGAGGCAAGAAAGCAGCUUCUAAAAAGGGUUGGUUAACUUCUCUGGUUCAAAGUGUCGCAGGGAAACCAGCUCUUGAGUAUGCGGAUCUGGAGCCGGCUCUCAAAAUUUUCAAAGAACGGUUGAUGACAAAGAAUGUGGCUGCAGAUAUUGCUGAGAAACUGUGCGAUUCGGUUGCUGCAAGUCUUGUUGGGAAGAAACAGGGCUCUUUUACGCGUAUUACUACCACCGUUCAAGCAGCUAUGGAGGAAUCUCUGGUCAGAAUUCUAACACCAAAGCGUUCUGUCGAUAUCCUGCGUGAUGUCCACCAGGCUAAGGAGGUUGGUCGACCCUACACCAUUGUCUUUGUGGGUGUCAAUGGAGUAGGCAAGUCCACCAAUCUGGCCAAGGUGGCAUACUGGCUGCAACAACAUGACAUCAAGGUGAUGAUGGCUGCUUGUGAUACUUUUCGUUCGGGUGCUGUCGAGCAGCUUCGCACCCAUGCUCGCAGACUUCAGAUUCCUAUAUUUGAGAGGGGUUAUGAGAAAGAUCCUGCUGUAGUCGCUAGGGAUGCCAUAUAUGAAGCGAAACGCACAAAGCAGGAUGUUGUCCUUGUCGACACUGCUGGACGUAUGCAGGAUAACGAACCUCUUAUGAGGGCUCUAUCAAAGCUUAUCAACAUGAAUGACCCUGACUUGGUGCUGUUUGUUGGAGAAGCUCUGGUUGGCAAUGACGGUGUUCACCAGCUCACCCAAUUCAAUCAGAAACUAGCCGAUCUUUCAUCUACUUCCUCCCAGACGCAGAGCAUUGACGGGAUUUUACUCACCAAAUUUGAUACAAUUGAUGACAAGGUUGGAGCAGCGCUGUCCAUGGUUUACACCUCAGGUGCGCCUGUUAUGUUUGUAGGCUGUGGUCAGAAUUACACCGACUUGAAGAAGCUCAACAUCAAGUCUGUCAUGAAAUCCCUCCUGACCUAAACGUGUUGUUGAUCCACAUCUCUAGCACUGUGAUGUUCAUCCACUGCCAUUUUCCUGUCAAGCUUCUCUGAAGUAUGUGUGGUAGGGACGACUGUAGACUUAAAUCGUCUAUGAGGUAGUAUUCGUGAUUUUGUGAUGGGUCACGUCUGCCACGUGUGGGUUUAUCAAUACAUAGUGAAUAUACUGUGCCCCGUCAUUCUGUGUAAUGACUAACCGUUUAUGUAUAAUACAUCAUGAAUACCCUCCCUUGUCCUACAUUAUCCUGAAA